UUUUUGAAUUUUUUAUAUACGGAGUAAUAGUUGUUGAUAAGCUCUGUUUUUGUUCAAAAUCAGUAAGUUCUUUCAUUUGAUUUUCUUUUUUAUUUGCCCUUUUAAAUUCAUUGCAGCCUGUUUGUUUGAUUUCUUUUUGUGUAAUCUCUGGGGUGUAUCACGCUUUUGUAUAAUCUCUCUUGAUUUAUGUCUAUCUUCUUACAAUUUUGUGUUUCUAUUUACAGGCAAACAUAGAUACAUAUCUCGUAUCAAUGGCCAAACAGCACACUAUGUUGCUUCUCUUUGCACUUCUAUUCUGGACAGUACUGUUUUCUGAAACAUCUGCAAUCACAGAUCCUUUGCAUGUCACAGCUCUGCAGGGCCUUUACAUCUCCCUGAACUUCCCACCCCAACUCACUGGAUGGUAUUUUGUUGGUGGUGACCCCUGUGGAGAAAGCUGGAAAGGAAUCAAAUGCUCUGGAGAUGCCAUUCAUUCCAUAAAAAUUUCUGGGCUACAACUCACUGGAACGAUGGGUUUUGAGCUUGCUAACCUUGGAUCACUUGAGGAACUGGAUGUCAGUAACAAUAGCAUCCACGGAAUAAUUCCUUUAUUUUUUCCCCCCAGGGUAACCCAUAUAAACCUGGCAUUCAAUCAGCUGAGUCAGAAUAUUCCAUUCUCCUUAGCUUCCUUGAAAUCUCUCCGUUAUUUGAAUCUGAGUCACAAUUCCCUCUCUGGUUCCCUUGGGGACAUAUUUACUGGUCUGAAGAAUCUAAAACAAAUGGAUUUAUCCCACAACAGUUUCACAGGAAAUCUGCCCAUUUCAUUUGUUACCUUGACGAGUCUUACUGCUCUUGACCUGCAGAACAACCUAUUUACUGGAUCAGUUAACUUCCUGGCGGGUCUCCCUCUAUCAUACCUUAACAUUCGAAACAACUACUUCAGCGGUGUUGUUCCUAAGCAAUUUGAACUCAUUUCAAAUCUCAGUAUUGAGGGAAAUAUAUUUUCGACCAACAAUGUCAAUCCACCACCAAAUAUCACUCCUGAAAAUAGGCCGAGCAGUCAGAGCAUCAGUAAUUCCACAUCAACUAAGAAUGAUAGCCAUGAUCAGAAAACGUUGGGGCGUUGGUCAAUGAUUGGGGUAACAGCAUUCCUAGUAACCUGUGUAGCAGCUUAUGUCAUAGUACACAUCCAUAUAUCCUGCAAAUGUCCGCUCGACUGGCUAGAGUGCUGCUUCAGGUCUCUGCUCUCUCUUCUGAACAGUCUGCCUAAUGGUGCACCAACAGAGAGUCCAGAGCAGUUGUCUGUUGAUUGUUAUUCUCUGGCCAGUCCAAGGCCUCUGCUCACCAUUCAUAAAGACAGAUCUAAAACAUUCCAUGAAAGGAUAAAACACACAAAAAGAAAUGAAACCCCGAUGACUGCGAUAUUAUACAACAUGACAGAACUGCAAGCUGCUACAAACAACUUCAGUGAAGACAACCUCCUCGGAAUGGGUACCUUUGGUCCCAUCUACAAAGGCAUGUUCCCUGAUGGCCAGAUUUUGGCUGUGAAUAUUAUUGAGAUGGCGCCGCUGUCCCUAUUUGAAGAAGACCUAUUUCUGGAUGUAAUUAGCAGUGUAUCUCAUUUAAGGCAUCCAAACAUGGCAAGCCUUUUAGGCUACUGUGUGGAGCAUGGGCAGUACUUCCUCGUCUACGCCUAUGUCGGGAACGUGUCUCUUGUUGUUGCCCUGCAUAGUACUCAAGACACUGGCAAGACUCUUACAUGGAAUGAUCGCUUGAGGAUUUCUAUCGGUGUAGCCUGUGCUCUCAAGUAUUUGCACUGUACAUGUGUACCUCCUAUUGCACAUGGAGAUGUAACGGCUGCCAAUAUCUUCCUUGAUCAAAAGCUUGUUCCCCAUCUCCACAACUGUGGGUUGGUCAAUCUGAGGCCCCUCAUUCGAAUUGAGUUGGAGGCUUAUGAAACAGCAACCGAUUCCUUGGGUUACACAGCUCCUGAAUUUCGACAGCCUGGAUUUGAUAUCGAUAUGACAAAGUGUGACACUUAUGGAUUUGGAGUAUUGCUACUGGAGCUCCUGACUGGAAAGAAACCAUAUGACAGUUCGAAGGCAGGAGAUCGACAGUUUUUGGUGAAGCGGGCUGGUAGCUGCUUACAUGACUUUGAAUCUCUUAACAGCAUGGUCGAUGCUGCAAUCAAGGGCCAAUGCGCCUCGAAGUCUUUAUCCCGAUUCGCGGAUGUCAUCAGCUAUUGUAUUCAGCCCCAGCCGGAAUUCAGACCUCCAAUGUCUCAGGUUUCUGAAAUGCUGGUUUCUGUGCUUCACCAAACGGAAUCCAGUGGACAUGACUGAGAUGCCUUUGAUGUCUUCAUUCCCGACGGCCCCAGUGGAUACACCAUGUUAGCAAUUAUACAGUUUUUUUGGACAAUAUAAAUUUAUAGGAUCUUGACUUGAUGUAUCCAACGAAACCAAAAUAAAAAUGAAAAUGUAAUUGGUUACUCAGUUAUUGUAAUUCCAUUUAUUGGUUAAAAGUUCAAUAUUACUCAGUUAUUGUAAUUCCAUUUAUUGGUUAAAAGUUCAAUAUUACUCAGUUAUUGUAAUUCCAUUUAUUGGUUAAAAGUUCAAUGGUUCUUUCACUUG